AUGAAAACUCAACCAAGUUUACUGGAACGACAAUGGGUAAAUCAGCCAUGGACUAAGAACUAUUUUGGUUAUAACGCCAAGUGCACAUCGACAUAUCGCUCGGUUGUUACUCCAACAUUUUGGAGUGGAACAGACAGUGUAUGGUCAGCAUCUCAAACAAGUUUUGAACUUCGUUCGUCAAGUGUUAGCCGUGCAGAUACCCCAUGGUCGGUACAAAAUCAAGAAUCAGGAGUGGAGAAAAGAAAGAACGCUCGAUUAUUAACAUGGAUUUCUUCAGCUGAAAUCAAAGGUGCUAGUUUAGGUGUCUUAAUUGGAUUGACUGUUGCUGGAGUUGUUUUGGGUGCAGUCAUUCCUUGGUACAUAACACAAGGUACAAGUGGGACAACCGAUACUAAUUCAACAAGUACUCUUACUACUACCACUUUGCCAUCAGCAACAAAUACAAGUAAGCCUUUUAAGGGACGUUUGUGAAGUUAUUCCUUUCAGAAUCGUUUUGCAUCCAAUGGUUAAUAGCCAAAGAAGAAUGUAACUGUUACACACACUUUAUUUCAGUAAAUUAACAUCUAUAUAUAGUAUAUUUUAGCCACAGGAAGAUCUCUUUGGGAAACUGGGAAAAACAGCUACUGUACAAGAGAGAGAGAGAGAGAGAGAAGAAUAGGAAUGAAAAAUACCCAUGCAGUGCGCGACAAAAGUUUCGCCCGCAAACAAACUCGUCCAUCUCACACAUAGCAAGAACACAAGGAAAAGUGAUACCAUUAUUAUACAUAGUACUCACUGGCAAUCCAUUAUUCA